AUGGAUCUAAUACUCGCCUUUGAAGCCAUUAUCCUCCACGCAGAUGGGCGGCUCCCCGAGCUUGUGUCUCUCAAGACUAGUCCUCUCGCAGCAUUCCCUGUCUCCGUCCCAGAGGUGCUCUACCGAUGCGGUCGCGUACCUCACCCAGAGCUCUACAUGGACUGCAUCGCUGAGGGUCUGGGUCCUCGUUCAUGGCGAAUCCAGGCCAUCGAACAGCUUGAAUGCAUGACCGCUAAAUUCAUCGCUCCAUACAUUGCUUUCUACCCCAUCGUAUCGCGGGACGGCUCGCCAUUCCCCGUGAACACGUUCAUUCGUGCGAUCAAGGGGAAGAGAUUCUUGGACGCUAGGGCAUGGCGCGGCGACAUAGUGAUUGCAAAAUUCAGUGACCAGGAAUAUACCAGAAUCAUAGAUGCGUCAAUGGCCGACUUCCCAAUCGUCAAGAACUGGCUCGGCACUCAGCAUGCACCAUGA